GACCGAUUCCGGACGGUCAAUCUUUAAUCCUGAUUGCGAUUAGUUGAGUGCGAGCCAGCUGGUCGGAAGGUCCUCCGGAGUGAUCCCCUUCUGCUGCGAUCUUCUAGUACAGAGCUGCGAGACGUUAUUUCCAACAUUCCUCCAUUAGCUAUUAGUUAUAAUGCUGUGAUUUUUUUUUCGAGUGCUUCCAUCAAGUGCCAAAAAGUUGUUCCAGGGAGACCAAACACGAGGCUGUAAAUCAGUGGUUACCAUCAGUGGCUUUAGUAGUUUUUGUUGUUGAAGAAUAAAAAUGUCAUCAUGCUUGCGGGGUUUGGGUUUGUGCCGAGGUGCACUUUUGCUGAGAAGCAGAUUCCAGCAACCGGUGCUGAAAAAUGGCAGAAGUUUUUCGGUCGUUGGCGGUCAGGGCGUUGGACCGUACCUGACGGAGCAAGCAACAAUCCGAUCUGCGCGCCCAUCAUCAAACCGCACCCUGCACUCGAUUCACGAUCGUGAACGGGCCACAAUCUCCGAGCGUAGUCAACUGAAGUACGCUCGCCGUAUGGUCGUGAAGCUAGGAAGUGCGGUCAUCACCCGAGAAGACGAACAUGGACUGGCACUGGGCCGAUUGGCGUCGAUCGUCGAACAGGUGGCCGAGUACCACGUGGAGGGCCGGGAGUGUAUCAUGGUGACUAGCGGAGCGGUCGCCUUCGGAAAGCAGAAACUGACCCAAGAACUGCUGAUGAGUAUGUCGAUGAGAGAAACCUUAUCACCAACGGAUCACACCCGACAGGACGCCGGAACAAUGCUGGAACCACGUGCUGCGGCAGCCGUCGGCCAGUCGGGUCUGAUGUCACUAUACGAUGCCAUGUUUGCGCAGUACGGUAUCAAGACUGCGCAGGUUUUGGUGACGGAGCCUGACUUCUACAACGAAGAAACCCGGAAGAAUCUGUUCAGUACCUUGUCCGAGUUGAUCAGCUUGAAUAUUGUGCCGAUUAUUAACACGAACGAUGCCGUGAUGCCACCGAUGUUCAUCGUUGAUCAAGAAGUGUCCGCAACUGGCAAAAAGAAGGGAAUCAAAAUCAGGGACAACGACAGUUUGUCUGCGCUGCUUGCCGCAGAAAUCCACGCUGAUCUGUUGAUUCUCAUGUCGGACGUUGAUGGAAUCUACAACAAGCCACCAUGGGAAGACGGUGCUAGGCUGAUGCAUACGUACACUCAAGCUGAUAAGGAUCUCAUUAAGUUCGGACAAAAGUCCAAGGUGGGAACGGGUGGAAUGGAUUCCAAGGUCACUGCCGCAACUUGGGCUCUCGAUCGCGGUGUUAGCGUCGUCAUUUGUAACGGUACACAGGAAAAGGCCAUCAAGCAUAUCCUAACGGGCAGAAAGGUUGGCACGUUCUUUACGGAUUUCUCAGCGGAGAAGGCCACACCCGUCGAGUCGAUGGCGGAAGACGCUCGGCUUGGUAGUCGUGUCAUGCAGAAUCUCUCGGCAGCUGAUCGCGCUUUGUGCGUGAACACCUUGGCCGAUUUGCUGAUAUCCAAGCAGUCGUACAUUUUGGAAGCGAACGCGAAGGAUCUGGACGAAGCGAAGAAAUCAGGGGUUGCUAAGCCACUGUUGUCGCGUCUGUCUCUGACUCCGGCGAAGAUCGAGAGCUUGGCGGUUGGAUUGAAGCAGAUCGCUGAUGACAGCCAUAAGAACGUUGGUCGUGUCCUUCGGAGAACUAAACUUGCCGACGGAUUGGAACUGAAGCAAAUAACCGUCCCGAUCGGAGUACUUCUGGUCAUUUUUGAAUCCCGUCCUGAUUCGCUACCGCAAGUAGCGGCCCUCGCCAUGGCUUCCGGUAAUGGUCUAUUGCUCAAGGGUGGUAAGGAGGCAGCGUACAGUAAUAAGGCACUGAUGGAGCUGGUGAAGGAAGCCUUGGGAACGGUCGGAGCCACGAAGGCCAUUUCACUCGUGUCAACCCGUGAAGAGAUCAGCGAUCUGCUUUCGAUGGACAAACACAUCGAUCUGAUCAUUCCACGAGGAUCGAGUGAGCUGGUCAGGAGCAUUCAGCAAAAGUCACAGCACAUUCCAGUGAUGGGUCAUGCUGAAGGAAUCUGCCACGUGUACGUCGACAAGGAUGCCAGCCCAGAGAAGGCCCUGAAGAUCAUCCGCGAUGCCAAGUGCGAUUAUCCAGCAGCUUGUAACGCGAUGGAAACCCUAUUGAUCCACGAGGACUUGCUGGCUGGUAAUUUCUUCACGGACGUGUGCAACAUGCUCAAGCGGGAAGGUGUUAAGAUCAACUCCGGUCCGAAACUGAAUCAACUUUUGACGUUUGGACCUCCACAAGCCAAAUCGCUUAAGUUCGAAUAUGGUGCUCUGGAAUGCAGCAUCGAAGUGGUGAAAGAUCUGGAGGAAGCCAUUGACCACGUGCAUACGUAUGGCAGCGGACACACCGAUGUUAUCGUGACUGAGAAUGAUUCGGCUGCACGUUAUUUCCAAAACCAUGUGGAUAGUGCGUGCGUUUUCCAUAAUGCGAGCAGCCGGUUUGCCGACGGAUUCCGGUUCGGAUUGGGGGCCGAGGUUGGUAUCUCGACGGCACGAAUCCACGCUCGAGGACCCGUUGGAGUGGAAGGCCUUUUGACGACCAAGUGGGUUUUGGACGGAGUGGAUCAUGCCGCGGCGGACUUCAGCGAUGGUUCGCGCAAAUGGAUUCAUGAGUCGCUGCCGAUUGACUGACUCAUUCGCGUAUUGAAAGCACUCUUUAAUAAGCUUAAGUACCUGUAGAACUGAUAAGCUCUCCAUUCUCUAUUCAAUUAGUUGCAUGCAUUUAUUUUUAACUCUACUGAUAGAUCGGUGAUUCUCCUGCACGUGUAUAUUAUUCUCAUGUGAAAGAAAAGACUCAAUAAAAUUGGCUUAAUGAUGGGGCAAAGCUGUAUCUCGAA